AUGUUAACGCAUUUGGAUCUAAGGGGGAACCGGCUUAAGAUGCUGCCUUUUGCUGGUGUGCUGGAGCACGUAGGCGGCAUUAUGGAGAUCCAACUGGAGGAGAACCCGUGGAAUUGCACCUGUGAUCUGAUCCCCCUAAAAGCCUGGCUGGACACCAUAUCAGUCUUUGUAGGAGACAUCGUGUGCGAGACCCCCUUUAGACUGCAUGGAAAGGACAUUACUCAAUUGAUUAAGCAAGAUCUAUGCCCCCGACGUAAUGCUGGUGAUUCUAAUCACCGCGCAAUGCAGCCCCCCUCUGAUUCCCAAUACAACGGCCCCUCUCCCACCCUACACCCGGGUGUCACUCCAACAAAAGCCCCACGGGCCUCCCGUCCCCCUAAAAUGAGAAAUCGCCCCACACAACGUGUAACGUCUGGUAAGGACAAACAAGUGCUGGGGCCUAUAAUGGUUUAUCAGACUAGGUCCCCUGUUCCCAUAACCUGCCCUAGCAUAUGCGUCUGUACCUCCCAGAACCCAGACAGUGGAUUAAAUAUCAACUGCCAGGAGAGGAAAUUGCAUAAUAUAACAGAGCUAAUCCCUAAACCCUCCUAUCCAAAGAAAUUGCAUUUAACAGGCAAUUACUUACAGACCAUAUAUAGAACAGACCUAACCGAAUACAGCUCACUAGAGCUCCUCCACCUAGGAAAUAAUAGGAUAGCUGUUAUUCAGGACGGGGCCUUUGACACCCUGGCUAAUCUACGGAGACUUUACCUCAAUGGCAAUUACAUUGAAAGUCUAUCCCAAUCAUUAUUCGUAGGUCUGCAGAGCCUUCAAUACUUAUACCUGGAAUACAAUGUCAUCAAGGACAUUUUACCACAGACGUUUAACUCAUUACAGAAUCUGCAGCUGCUGUUCCUAAACAACAAUCUACUAAGAUCCCUUCCCGACAAUGUUUUUUGGGGGACUAUGCUAACAAGGCUGAACCUGAGGAACAAUCACUUCUCCCACCUGCCGGUGCGCGGUGUGCUCGACCAGCUCUCCGCAUUCAUUCAGAUCGAUCUGCAGGAGAACCCAUGGGAUUGCACAUGCGACAUCGUUGCCCUUAAAAACUGGAUGGAGCUGUCCAGCACCAGCGUAGUGGUAAAUGAAAUCACAUGUGAUUCGCCCUCCAAACACGCAGGGCGGCUGCUCAGAUCCCUGCGUAAUGACGCAAUUUGUCCCGAGCCUAAUGAGGUCACAGUAGGCCUAACCAAGGCCCCCACCGUCAGUCCCAACACCGACUCCACUCCCCCCUCUGCCAUCACCUCAACAGAAGAGCAGGUGCCCGAGAUGCACGCGGAGGUGCCGCUGUCUGUUCUCAUACUGGGACUGCUCGUGGUUUUCAUUCUGUCGGUCUGCUUUGGGGCUGGUCUUUUCGUAUUCGUCCUCAAACGACGCAAAGGAAUUGAUAGCGUCCCCACCAGUGCCAAUAAUUUAGAUAUAAACUCUUUCCAGGUACAGUAUGCUUCAUAUAGCUCAGAGCCCACUGCAGAUAAAACAGAGACACAUGUUUAUAAUUACGUCCCUCCCCCGAUUGGCCAGAUGUGUCAGAACCCCAUCUACAUGCAGAAAGAUAGCGAGCAGGUGGCGUACUAUAGGAAUCUAAAAGAGCUAACUUUCAGCACCAUGGACCCUAAAAAGUCGGAGUUGCCCCCAAGCCCAUAUACCAUAAGCACAGUGGAGUUCAUUGAGAAACAAUCUUGUGGCAAUCGACAGCCGGAGCUGCUUUAUCAAAACAUUGCAGAGAGGGUUAAGGAGCUUCCAACUGCUGGCGCUCUGAAUUACAGUUUCUGCACUUUACCGAAAAGACAAUUCAUUCCUCCAUAUGAAACUACUAGACGACACAACCAAGACAGGUUGAAUAAAACUGUUCUCUAUGGGACUCCACGAAAGUAUUAUGCUGAGCAAUCAAAAAAUGAACACCCUUUGCUGCCUGGGAAGCUAAAAACAGAACCAGACUACCUCGAAGUUCUGGAAAAACAAACUGCAAUGAGUCAGUUGUAAGAUAUGGCCCUACUUACUAUCAUCACACAUAUUACAUCGGUAUGUAUCUAAGUACUCCACAAAUUAACGAGUCCAACUCAAACAAAGCAACCUAAGCAUUUUUAUCUUCUUUAUUUUCCAGCUGUAUUGAGUAAACGUAGGCCUAUAUGCAGUUAUAUUAUUUUACUGGAGGUUGAAAUUAUUUAUUCUACUUGAACUAUAAAGACUGUAGCAGGUACCGCAAGAACUAUGUAUAGUACUGCUUUGUGCAUUUUAUAUUCUAUAUUUUAUUUUCUCUGUGGAAACAAAUAUCAUUUUUAGAAGAAUAAUUGAGAAAUGACAUUCCUGUACAUAAUAAUGAGUGUGAAACACAUGUACUGGUUCCGUCCAUGGUGAUCCAUUUAUUCCAGAAGUGCCUUUGCACUCCGAGUAUUUUAUCUUUGCUUUCUGCAAAUGGAAAUUUUAUAAGUGCUGUAUUUUAAGAAUCUUUAUGUAAAAUAUAAUUAUUUGUCCAUUACAUUAAACAUAAUUGAAGAGGGUAUGAAAUGUAUGGUAAAUAAUGUUUUCAAUAUAUAAGUGUCUUUCAAUUUAGCGAAUUACAUAACAUUGUAUGCUAUAGAUGAGCAAUACAAGUGCCAUGAGAGCAAUUAAAUUUUCACUGAAGCACUUUGUCAAGUCUGAACUUGAGGUGAGCAUUAUUAAGAUUAUAAAUGUCUGGCUUUGUGUGUGUGUGUGUGUGUGUGUGUGUGUGUGUGUGUCCCAUGUGAUGAGGGGGUGGGUGCUUUGGGGGCGGUAACAUCUCUCUUUGAUGGAAUCUAUAGACCACCGUGUAUUGACAAGGAAUUUGCUGAGUACUUUUGGCUGAAUGACGAAUUUAUCGACCAACGUUGCUCGGGCCCUCACAGGAAUACCAUUAAUUUCACACUUAUUAUUUUUCACCCAAAAAGGUAGAGAGAAGCAGUGUCCUCUAAAAGUGUAGAUCAUUUACCUCUAUAUUCUGAUUUACGGGUGAUCAAAACUGUCUCGAACAGGAACAACUACUGCUCUCCAGUAGCCGACUUGAAAAGCACCAAUUAUGAUUAGUUCCCAAAGCUCCUCAUACCCAGAAUUACUUGUUUCUAGUGGUUUUAACGAGACGAGUUUAUAUUCUGCCCUUCAGGUGACAUUUGCUUUGAAGUCUGCUGUAGAGCAAUACCUUCUUCAAGCCCAGAUUAUUCUGCUGUUUUCACUCUCGCUUUGUUUCCCCCGCUGCUUCACGUAGCUACCAUUGUGUCGCUGUCCAUGGUACUGAAUAUGUUCAGUUUGCGCAUUUUCUAUGGUUUCUACAGUGUGGGGACUUCUCAAUUGAUUUGUUCGAUUUCACAUUGACUUUGUAAAUAGUGCACUUUUUUAUUUUUUAUCACAGGUUGUUAAUCCCAUUGGCCAAAUUAAUUAGUGAAAUACGUGUAUACUGAGAACAAAAUCAAAUUGGGAAUUUAAAUUAGCAAUGACUGGCCUUCUUAUGAUUUGAUUGAAUCAUGGAUUUUAUGCUUACAUUUUUUAAAUACACUAACAAUGAAAAAGUUGAUUAUGUGAGUGUUAUCCUAUAAUAUUGAUAUUCUGCUUGUGGGUAAGUGAGCUUGUGCUUGUGGGUAACUACCAGAGGCCAUUGAGUUGUUGUGAGUGAGACUGAGUGAGAGUUCUGUUAAUUCCUUCUGAAACAGAGUGUUAUUUUUUUUUCCUGGGCACAAUGGGCCUCUUUGUUGCUGUUUACUGGUGCUGUGGAGAAUGAGAGGUUGGACAUGUCUUGCACACCAAUGAGGCAGCUAGCUCCCACAGUCCCCACCACACUCCUCCUCUCCUCAUAUCACACAUGGGACUGGGAGGAGGAGAGAUGGGGAUGGCAUGCAAUGGCUUUACAACAUAAGCUAUCAAUCAAUCCAGUCAGUUCACACCGGAAAAUAGGAUCAAAUAUUAUACAUUGCUUCACAAUUUGAGGUUGAGUGACAGUUAUGUUGUUUGGGACAUUUGGGUAGUUUUGUCACAAAGGAUUUCCUUCAAUCCAUGGAUUCUAUAAAGGAAGCAGUUGUUAGCUAUCUUUAUUGAUCAUCAGAUUGUAAUUGAUUCACUCUCCCUCUUUCAUUUAAUUACAACAAUAUGGUUCCUGUUGUAGACAGGAAGGGGAAAUAAACCUUGACCUUGCUAUGCUAAGGGACUAGCGGUGAACUAGAGUGAAUCAAUGGAGACUGCUUUCAGAUGCUUGCUGCUAGGGGCCUCUCCUAAGGCUAUCCCAGACCUCUUCAGAAAUACUCUUGGGCAAGUUCAUGUUUAUUCAAAGGUUGGACCGGCUUUUUUUAUCUCUUUGAUUUGUGAUGAGGCCCAACGAGAGUGGCCUAUGCUUGGUGUGUAUGAUACUGAAUCUCUUUGACAUGGUGGAGACCACAAGACCUGUGGGAAGCAUGGAAGGUUGAUAUUCCUCCUUCCCAGUGUCCCCAGGAUUGGCCGGAGUCACAACCAAUUCACUCUCAAAGUAAGGAAGUGUUGCCUGAUUGUGAUAUUUUGAAACGAAUAGCAAUGUCAGGGUCUGUGACAUAUUAAUAUUUCAUAUUUUGGAUCAUUGUAGAUGCAUUGUUUCACAUGAAAUCAAAGUAAUCAAGUAAACAACUCAAAGUACAGUUAAUUGAAAUCAUCAGCCAUAUGCUGAAAUAUGAACCAUGUUCACAAUAUAUUCCGCUUCAUUUCAGUCAUUUCAAGUGUUCAGUAGUCUAUGUUUCCUGCUGACUGGGUUGUGCAAAUUGUGGGGAUAUAUUAUGUGUUCUAGUCUUUGUUUCAGAGAUGAGAUGAGGUCUGUCUGUCUGUCUGUCUGUCUGUGUGUGUGUGUGUGUGAGUGAGUGAGUGAGUGAGUGAGUGAGUGAGUGAGUGAGUGAGUGAGUGAGUGAGUGAGUGAGUGAGUGAGUGAGAUAGUGAGUGAGUGAGGGAGUGAGUGAGUGAGUGAGUGAGUGAGUGAGUGAGUGAGUGAGUGAGAGAGAGAGUCUUCUUUCCUCCCACAGUCCUUUGACGAAUAUUGCACCAGUUUCAUGGCUGCUUAAUCAUUUAGACAUUAAUGAUGGGCCAUGUUAGAUGUUGACAGAAUGCCUUGAACAGCUGUCACAGGAUAAACAACCUUGUAGUCUCUGCACAAUGUACAGUCUGCUGCCUAACAGAACAAAUGUGUGCCCUGUUUGUGAUCUAUGAACACCGACGUGGCAAUGUUUAAAACACACCACACCGCAUGAACAGUGAAGGCUGUUGGACUCACAGCCAUGACUAAGAUCAAUGGGAUGCUGUCCCCCAUCUUUCCGUAUGGUUGAGGGAUAAUCCUAAUGCACACAACAGCAGGCCCACGACUGUGUGGUAAAGGAAUGUUGACAGACUGCAGACUUCUCCAAAGGUUAACUCAAGCCACAUCUGACCUUGUGUCCACUUCCUCCGGAGCACAGCACGUUGAUCUUAUUUGAAAGAAAGAAUAAGAGCAAUUGAAGUGAAACUCCAUCCAAUUGCUGUGAGAACAGGCAGGUCACCCAAGUGAAUAUGAUAAAUGAGAAGGGCCAAAUCUACACUAGCUAGCAUUCACUUCUGUGUUGUUCCAUCAUAUGAGGUUACACGUAGUACAGAGUUCAGAGUAACUGUGGAGGGGUAAUGAGGACGUCUGAAUUGUGCUAUGGUCAAUUUAUUAGUGUGCUAUUUCAGUGGAGAUUGCUCCCUGCAUGUGUGAGUGAGAAACAACAAAAUAACCACCCUUCCAUCGCUCAGCCCGAUUUUAUGCUGAGUUUUCUAAGUUCUCGGUUUAAAACACUUUUCCACAUGAGACAAUAUUAAUAAGCCUUUCCUGUUUAAUGCCUGCCAUAAAAUGUUAUCACUGCAGUCAUUAUUUGGCACUUGAAGUGUGAAGCGGCUAUACUGUAAGCCAAUGUCCCAGGGAAGACUUUAUUGGUUUGUGUAACAAGGCAUGGCAAGUGGCUCCUCUAGAAUCAAAUCAGCCCCUUCUCCCACUGGUUAGCAGUCCUACCAUAUGACCCUCACACAAUGUAGCAUUCAUGUCUUCCAUGGCCCCAGCUAUUUUUCCAGGACGUGCAUGGAGGCCUUUCUCCCAGCAACAUGGAAAAGUCUAUUUUUCACCCCCAGGAAUGCAAUGGAAAUCAACGACUUGGUUGUCAGACCAAUAUAACUUUCUCGGCUCUGUAAAUGGAGUAUGUUAUACAGAAUAUGCAACAAUGAAUGGGAAAGGCAUCUGAUUGGUUAACUUCAAUAUGCCUCGACCAUACCUAUAUUUUCAACUUAUUUUUUCAUUAAUAGAUUUGUAUAGUUUCGUAUUCACAUACAGUACAUGACGCAACCUGACUUUUGUUAUACAAUACUGUAUAUUGAUAGCAAUCCAUAUUUCUGGAAAUGUACUAAUUAAGUGUUGAAUUAAUAAUAUAUCCCUGGGUGUUUAUAACAGAUGUGAUAGCAGUGCCUUUGGGAACUCACAGGGAGGUCUGGCAGCUCCUCAUCAGUGGCUUAAAAUAACAGUUCUAAUAAUAUUGAGUACAAUCUCCGACACCCCAAACAAAUGUUGACACAUUAUCCACAUUGACUAACAAAUGGAAACGUGAUGCUGAAGUACUGGAAAAACAAACAUUUUAACCCAUAGAAAGUGCUAUUGCCUGCAGGAAAUUCUCGCAAUCCCAAUUUUUGGAAGUACAUAAAUCAUUUAAACUACAGCUGGUUCUUCAAGGCCAUUGCAUUUUCACAUUGCAACUUAAAACACCUGGUGAUCAUUCAAGGAUUCCUGCACUCAAAUAAUUCCUCCUGUGCUGAGUAUAGAAGCAGAAUCAGAAAAUGGGAUAAGAUGGGAUUUUUAACAGCAAGAACAUUUAUAUUGACAUACAGUAGAAAGAAGGAGAAGCUUGCAUCCGUGACAAACUGUGUCAAACAGUCAGUGGAAUGCAGCUGACCACUGAUGCCCUUGACGAUGCAUUUACACCACCGGCCACCACAUUACACUUCCCAUCCCAUCAAACCCUUAUUCAAUGACAACUCAGAUGGAGGUCUCCCUACGGCCACCAUCAAGGCUAAGGCCAUCCGUCUAUUUAGUGUGACUCAAAUGAAGACAAGACUGUCUGUUUGACUUAACAAUAACCCAUCUGUUGCCAAUGCCCUCCAAAUGUUAGAUGGCUGGAGGGCAAGAUGCACUCUGUUGCUCAAGGGAAGGACAACAUACAGUACAUCUAUGGAUUUGAGUUACAGGGUCACAGGCUUUGUAAAUGGAGUCUACAGAGUGCACAAAAUAUUAAGGACACAUGCUCUUUCCACGACAUAGACUGAAUCCAGGUGAAAGCUAUGAUCCUUUAUUGAUGUCACUUGUUAAAUCCACUUAAAAUCAGUGUAGAUGAAGGGGAGGAGACAGGUUAAAGAAGGAUUUUUAAGCCUUGAGACAAUUGAGACUUGGAUUGUGUAUGUGCUAUUCAAAUGCUUAAUGGGCAAGACAAACUAUUUAAGUGCCUUUGAACGGAGUACGGUAGUAGGUGCCAGGCGUACCGGUUUGUGUAAAGAACUGCAAUGUGGCUGGGUUUUUCAAGAGCAACAGUUUCCCGUGUGUAUCAGGAAUGGUCCACCAUCCAAAGGACAUCCAGCCAACUUGACACAACUGUGGGAAUCAUUGGAGUCAACAUGGGCCAGCAUCCCUGUGGAACGCAUUUGACACCUUGUAGAGUCCAUGUGCCAAUGAAUUGAGGCUGUUCUGAGGGCAAUAUUAGGAAGAUGUUGAUGUUUUGUACACUGUGUCGAUUACAGUUCUAAUGACCACUAUGCAGAUACUCUUUCAGUCCAAAUUGCAUUAGCUUCUCUUUUAACAUAGCAUGUGUACCAUCUAAACCAUGUUUAAAGGUCACAUCCAUAUGGAUUGUUGGAUCUGUGAGUAGUGAAUAAGCAAAGUUGUGAAUUAUGAGGUUAGAUCUCCUACUGAAUGCCAGUGAAAUAUUGCCCUACGAGCUCACUGAUCAGCGUUCCUUCUACACCCAGUCUGAGAAUGAUAAGUGA